AUGGAUAAACCCAUUUUAAUUUUUAUUAUCUUGCUGCUUCUGGCCAAACAUUUUAUUGCGAGUAGAUUCGAAGUUAAUUUGGUAAGGCAACUGAGUAACAGAAACUUAUCGCAGAACUUUGUGGUCUCUCCAUUUGCGAUUCGCCAGGCUCUGGUUCUUCUAUAUCUGGGAAAGGAUACUCGCAGGGAUUACCAAUUGGCCAGGGCCCUUAAAAUUACUGGCCGCCUCAAUGGAAAGAUUAUAUCCUAUUUCGGCAAAGCUCGUUUCAAAGCGAUCAAACAAGACUUUACAAUGGCAAAUCGAAUUUAUUUAGCACCGGAUUACAGUACUUUGGAGCAAUUAAAGAAAUUGAGUGCAAAUAUCGGUGUAGAUGUGGAGAACAUGAAUUUCGCCGAAAACUCAAAGUCAGAGGAUGAAAUCAAGCAGUGGCUGAAUAAUUUAAUAGAUAAAAGUGGACUCAAUCUAUUUGCCAACAAUGAUGUAAGCAACAUCACGCAAAUGGUGGCAGUGCAGGGAAUUUCAGUAUCACCUUUGUGGAAGCAUCGAGCCAUUUCAAUGUCGAAAAUGCCCUUUAGCAUUGCAAGGCCGAAUAGAAAGCCAUUCGUCUAUAAGGUCCAAAUGAUGUACACUGUAGCGCCUUUUGAGUAUUUCAACGACGAAGAUGUUCGUGGUGUUAUGAUCCCAUUUUCUAAGACCGAUAUUGGCAUGCUGGUAUUGCUACCCAGACGACAACUCAGCACCCAGAAAGUCCUACAAAAUCUGGAUAAAUAUUUACAAAUAAAAUUGCAAAAAGCAGAGGAAACGCAUCUGCUUUUACCCAUAUUUACCGUCCAAGAAACCAUAAACUUAAAUGAUGCCCUACAAGCCUUGGGUAUCAAGAAAAUCUUCACUGAGGAUGAUGAUGAUAGUCAGGCUACUGUGGCAAAAUUUAGGCAGUACGCCCAACUGGAAUCCAAGCCAAAUCGGGUUUUAAUGAGCGCGGAUAUUGGGGGCGACAAUGACCAAAGAGUCGUCAAUGUAAACAAGCCAUUUGUGUUCGUUAUCAAGGAUCAGAAUACCAUUUACAUGGUCGGACGAAUGGAGUCGAUUCGAUAGUGCAGUUGCAGUUGCCGUUGCAGGAAUUUCCACUGUUAUGUCAGCUGAAUUGUAAAUUAAAUUAACUUGAAUUAA